CGGCUGUGCCCCGGGACUGCACCUGGAGCCGCCCGGACGGGGAUGGUCAGUGGCCGCCGUCGUCUGGCGCGCCCGAGGGACGCAGUGAGGGCACCAUGGCGCUGACGCCGCGGAGCGGGACCCCGGCGGGGCUCGCCCGUCCCCAGCUCUGGCUGCUGCUGUGGGCAGCCGCGUGGCGCCUGGGGGCCACGGCGUGCCCCGCCCUCUGCACCUGCUCGGGCACCACGGUGGAUUGUCACGGCACCGGGCUGCAGGCUGUCCCCAAGAACAUCCCACGGAACACCGAACGCCUGGAACUCAACGGCAACAACAUCACUCGGAUCCAUAGGAACGACUUUGCAGGGCUCAAGCAGCUGCGGGUGCUGCAGCUGAUGGAGAACCAGAUUGGAGUGGUGGAACGGGGUGCUUUUGAUGACAUGAAGGAGCUGGAGCGGCUACGACUGAACCGGAAUCAGCUGCACAUGUUACCAGAACUGCUGUUCCAGAAUAACCAGGCUCUGUCGAGGCUGGACCUGAGUGAGAACACCAUCCAGGCUAUCCCCAGGAAGGCUUUUCGUGGAGCUACAGACCUCAAAAAUUUGCAGCUGGACAAGAACCAGAUCGGCUGCAUCGAGGAGGGCGCCUUCCGCGCGCUGCGGGGGCUGGAGGUGCUGACCCUGAACAACAACAACAUCACCACCAUCCCUGUGUCCAGCUUCAACCACAUGCCCAAGCUACGGACCUUCCGCCUGCACUCCAACCACCUGUUCUGCGACUGCCACCUGGCCUGGCUCUCGCAGUGGCUGAGGCAGAGGCCUACCAUCGGGCUCUUCACCCAGUGCUCGGGCCCCGCCAGCCUCCGGGGCCUCAACGUGGCCGAGGUCCAGAAGAGCGAGUUCAGCUGCUCAGGCCAGGGGGAGGCAGGGCACGCCCCCUCUUGCACCCUGUCCUCCGGCUCCUGCCCAGCCAUGUGCGCCUGCAGCAACGGCAUUGUGGACUGUCGUGGCAAAGGCCUCACCGCCAUCCCUGCCAACCUGCCGGAGAUGAUGACGGAGAUCCGCCUGGAGCUCAAUGGAAUCAAGUCCAUUCCCCCUGGAGCCUUCUCUCCCUACAGAAAGCUGCGGAGGAUAGACCUGAGCAACAACCAGAUCGCAGAGAUCGCGCCUGAUGCCUUCCAGGGCCUCCGCUCCCUGAACUCUCUUUCCGCUCUCUGACCCAGGGCCAUUGGUGCCAACCCCCUGUAUUGUGACUGCCAUCUCCGCUGGCUGUCCAGCUGGGUGAAGACAGGCUACAAGGAACCGGGCAUUGCCCGCUGCGCUGGGCCCCCAGACAUGGAGGGCAAGCUGCUCCUCACCACGCCCGCCAAGAAGUUUGAAUGCCAAGGUCCCCCCACUCUGGCUGUGCAGGCCAAGUGUGACCCCUGCUUGUCCAGCCCGUGCCAGAACCAGGGCAGCUGCCACAACGACCCCCUUGGAGCGUACAGGUGUGCCUGCCGCAGCGGCUAUAAGGGCAGAGACUGUGAGGUGUCCCUGGACAGCUGUUCCAGUGGCCCCUGCGAAAACGGCGGGACCUGCCACACACAGGAGGGCGAGGAUUCCGGCUUCAUGUGCUCCUGUCCUACUGGCUUUGAAGGACCAACCUGUGGGGUGAACACAGACGACUGUGUGGAGCACGCGUGUGCCAAUGGAGGCAUCUGUGUGGAUGGCGUGGGCAACUACACUUGCCAGUGUCCCCUGCAGUACACGGGAAGGGCCUGUGAGCAGCUGGUGGACUUCUGCUCCCUGGAUUUGAACCCGUGUCAGCACGAAGCCCAGUGUGUAGGCACCCCGGAUGGGCCCAGGUGUGAGUGUGCACCAGGUUAUGCAGGUGACAACUGCAGUGAGAACCAGGAUGACUGCAGAGAUCACCGCUGCCAGAACGGGGCCCAGUGUGUAGACGAAGUAAACAGCUACUCCUGCCUCUGUGCUGAGGGCUACAGUGGGCAGCUCUGUGAGACCCCUCCCCACCCCAGGAGCCCCUGUGAGGGGACCGAGUGCCAGAACGGGGCCAACUGUGUGGACCAGGGCAGCCGGCCCGUGUGCCAGUGCCUCCCGGGCUUCGGCGGCCCCGAGUGUGAGAAGUUGCUUAGUGUCAACUUCGUGGAUCGGGACACUUACCUGCAGUUCACUGACCUGCAGAACUGGCCGCGGGCCAACAUCACGCUGCAGGUCUCCACGGCAGAGGACAAUGGGAUCCUGCUGUACAACGGGGACAAUGACCACAUCGCAGUGGAGCUGUACCAGGGCCACGUGCGUGUCAGCUACGACCCUGGCAGCUACCCCAGCUCUGCCAUCUACAGUGCUGAGACGAUCAAUGAUGGGCAGUUCCACACUGUCGAGCUGGUCACCUUUGACCAGAUGGUGAAUCUCUCCAUCGAUGGCGGCAGUCCCAUGACCAUGGACAACUUCGGCAAACACUACACACUUAACAGUGAGGCCCCCCUCUAUGUGGGAGGGAUGCCGGUGGAUGUGAACUCGGCGGCCUUCCGCCUGUGGCAGAUACUCAAUGGCAGCAGCUUCCACGGGUGCAUCCGAAACCUGUACAUCAACAACGAGCUGCAGGACUUCACCAAGACACGGAUGAAGCCAGGCGUGGUGCCGGGCUGUGAGCCCUGCCGGAAGCUCUACUGCUUGCAUGGCAUCUGCCAGCCCAAUGCCAGCCCAGGGCCUGUGUGCCAUUGCGAGGCGGGCUGGGGCGGCCUGCACUGCGACCAGCCAGCUGACGGCCCCUGUCAUGGCCACAAGUGUGUCCACGGGAAGUGCGUGCCCCUUGAUGCUCUUUCCUACAGCUGCCAGUGCCAGGACGGGUACUCGGGGGCCCUGUGCAACCAGGAUGGGGCACCCGCAGACCCAUGUGGGGGCCUGCAGUGCCUGCAUGGCCACUGCCAGGCCUUGGCCACCAAAGGGGCACACUGUGUGUGUGACCCUGGCUUUUCGGGCGAGCUUUGUGAGCAAGAAUCCAAGUGCCGGGGGGACCCUGUCCGGGACUUUCACCAGGUCCAGAGGGGCUAUGCCAUCUGCCAGACCACGCGCCCGCUGUCGUGGGUGGAGUGCCGGGGCUCGUGCCCGGGCCAGGGCUGCUGCCAGGGCCUGCGGCUGAAGCGGAGGAAGUUCACCUUUGAGUGCAGCGACGGGACCUCCUUUGCUGAGGAGGUGGAGAAGCCCACCAAGUGUGGCUGUGCCCUCUGCGUAUAGUGCCCAGCGCCCACGGGGAGGAG